AUGAGUGUAACUGUACAGGAUCCCGGCACAUCGGCCAUCGACCUGGUUGCCCAUCCAGCAACCCAGGCACCGCCUGCUCGUCCAAAGUCAUUUAAAAGUCACCAUUCUGCAAAUUGCGAACAUCGAGUCCUGGGUUCUUCUAUCUCUAAUGGGUCCUCUGAAGGCCAAGCCGCAUCAAUAGAAAGAGAGACGUCAGAACAUCCCCCAAAAAUAUCCAAAGCCAAGGGCAUCACAGUGAUCAUCACCUUGGCUGGAGUUAGCUUCCUGAACACCACGGGAUCCGGUAUUCUCAUUGCCGCCCUUCCCCGUAUCGCACAUGAUGUAGGGAUCCCCGAAGGCCUGAUUCUUUGGCCUGCGGCUGUCUACUCUCUUGCAGCAGGAUGUUUACUACUGAUCUUCGGUGCGGUUGCCGAUGUUAUAGGCCCAAAAAUGAUUCUCCAGCUCAUUCUGUUUCGGACAUUUCUGGGUAUUGCGAUCUCGAUGUGUCUCCCAACAGCAGUCAGCCUCAUAACCAACACCUUUCCAAGAGGUCCAUGGCGCAACACUGCUUUUGCAAUGAAUGGCAUGGGACAGCCCCUCGGCUAUGCCCUAGGACUGGUCCUUGGUGGCAUUUUCACCGACACCAUUGGAUGGAGAUGGGCUUACUUCAUGAUGGCGAUUAUCAAUUUCUGUCUCUCAGUGGCGUCCAUCUGGUCUCUGCCCUCCGUUUACUACCACUCGGAGAAGAGAUGGCAGCGUCGAUUAAUUGAAGACAUUGACUGGGUCGGGGCCAUCCUAAUGAGUGCAUCCCUCGGUCUACUGAUGUAUGUUCUGGCCAUGACGAGCUCCUCUUACCGGCAUAUGCGCGAUGUCCAGAAUAUCGUGUGCCUCACUAUAUCCGGAAUCCUCUUGUUAGCAUUUCCAUUCUGGAUGCGUCGCCAGUCGCAAAAGGAAAAACCGGCCCUUAUUCCCAACCGUCUUUGGCGCAAUGCUCGAUUUACUUCAGUCUGUGUCUCGGUGUUUUUCUGUUGGGCAGCUAUGAAUGGUAUUGAAUACUUCACCACGCUCUAUUUUCAACAGGUGCAAAAGCUCUCUGCUUUUGACAGCUCCAUCCGCUUCCUUCCCCAUGUAGUCAUGGGAGUCUCCGUAAACAUUGCAACUGCUUUCCUCAUAUCCCGAGUCAGAGUCCGAGCGCUUGCUGUUGUCUCAGCGCUUAUUACUGUAAUCGCACCAGUUCUUAUGGCAACCGUCAAAGUCAACGAGAAUUAUUGGUUUGCGCCUUUCUGGGCACUGUUUCUCUCUCCGGUCAAUGCUGAUGUUAUAUCCGAUGCCUUCCCGGCUGAGAUCCAGUCGCUAGCUGGAGGCGUCUUCAACGAGGUUUCGCAGUUCGGUAACUCAGUCGGUCUAGCCGUCACAGCAGCCAUUGCGGCGUCUGUUACCGAGCAUACGGCUAACGUGGACCAUGGAGAGGCACUCAUGAAGGGGUAUCGGGCUGCUUUCUGGACUGUAUUCGCGGGUGCAGCUAUUGUUGUUUUCAUUCUGUUCUUCGGGUUGCGGAACGGUGGGACUGUGGGGAAGAAGCAAGAUUGA